AUGGCUCCUGGUGUCUCAAAUGAGAAGAAAACUGAUGAUGAACAGUGUUCAAAAGAGAAUUUUAUCCAUCUCUGCAACCCUCACCUGGAGAAAAUGAAAGAAGACAUUCUGUACCAUUUUGCUCUUGGGACUGGUACCCAUGAUUUUCCAGCGUUGUUUGGAGAUGUAAAGUUUGUAUGUGUUGGAGGAAGUCCUUCACGGAUGAAAACUUUUAUCACCUACAUAGCUGAAGAACUGGGGCUUGGGAGCCCUGGUUGUGACUAUCCUAACAUCUGUGCGGGAACUGACCGUUACGCAAUGUACAAAGUGGGACCUGUUUUGUCAGUCAGUCAUGGUAUGGGCAUUCCUUCUAUUUCAAUCAUGUUGCACGAGCUGAUCAAACUGUUGUAUCAUGCCAGGUGUACCAACAUAACCAUUAUUCGCAUUGGCACCUCUGGUGGAAUAGGUCUGGAGCCAGGCUCAGUGGUUAUAACUAGGCAGUCUGUAGAUGCCACCUUCAAACCUCAAUUUGAACAGGUUAUUCUGGGGAAGACGGUAAUACGCAGUACAAACCUAGAUGAACAGCUAGCUAAGGAACUGAUGCAGUGCAGUAAAGAAAUCGGUCAAUUCAAUACAGUCAUUGGAAACACUAUGUGCACUUUGGAUUUCUAUGAAGGACAGGGCAGGUUGGAUGGUGCAAUCUGCUUAUAUAGUGAAGAAGAGAAACUGCGGUACUUGAAGGAAGCUUAUGAUUCUGGCGUCAGAAACAUAGAGAUGGAGUCUUCUGUAUUUGCUGCAAUGUGUAAUCUCAGUGGUGUCAAAGCUGCCGUAGUGUGUGUCACUCUUCUGAAUCGGCUUGAAGGGGAUCAGAUUAGUAGCUCACAUGAUGUACUUGUGGAGUAUCAGCAGAGACCACAGAAGUUAGUGGGAUAUUUCAUUAAGAAAAGUCUUGGGAAAGUAUGAAAUAUCCACCUUUGUUUUAUAGAAGGAGAAGGCUUUUGCACAGCUGAAGUCAUGGUCAUGACUUUUGUGCGUUAAAGGUUUUUUGCCUCAGAAUACCUUACAGCAUUUCAUGUGUCUGUGGAAGUUAAUCAUUUAUGCCACUGUGCUUUGGGAACUGAAUGUGCUGAAUGGAUUUCAGUUAAGCUUUGCUUAGUUAUGCAUUGCUGGAUGUAAGAGUUAUUUUUCUGUGAAUUGGAAAGUGGAUCUGUUGUGAAGGUCAAGCCUGCUAUAAUAUAUGAAAAAGCUUUAUUUUUCCCUGUUGUAAAAGAAAAACUAGGAAGAAAAUCAAACUUUAUUGCCAAGUACUUGCAAACCACAAAAUUAAAAUUAACUCAAGAAUGUUAAUCCCUUUCUUGUUGUUAUAAAGAAUUAUAUAAAUUAUA